GAUGUUGAUGUUGAUGGUAAAAAGUAUGAAAAGAGAAAGAAAGAGAGAACAGUUAAGCAAGUGAAUCCACCUCCUUUAGCUCUAAAAUGGAAUGGGGUUUGCAUUCGCCCUUUAUUUCUUUUCCUUCAAGGACUCUAUCCAACUAUCCUUUUGCUUUCUUUUCCUUUCUUUUCUUUUCUUUUCUUUUCUUUCUUUUCUUUCCUUUCUUUCCUUUCUUUCUUUCCUUUUCUUUCCUUUCUUUCCUUUCUUUCCUUUCUUUCCUUUCUUUCCUUUCUUUCCUUCACCCUUUCACUCACUCAUUCACUCUCUCACUCUCUCUCUCUCUCUCUCUCUCUCUCUCUCUCUCUCUCUCUCUCUCUCUCUCUCCUUUUCUUUUCUAUCCAUAAUCUUUUUUUACGCUUGACCUUUUUGUAACCCGUUGAUCCGUUUGUCCUGUCCCAAU